GUUUAUGAUAAAAAACAGAAAUGCUUAAGUUAUAGGCUUUGGCCUUCGGUAUUGAGGCUUGACGGCCCCAUGCCUUCUAGACAUCUUUGCUGGUUGAAGACGCGUUGACUAACCGUACAAAGUUUCAGCCGGAGACUCGGAACGACACAGUCGGGAAGCAAGGCCGCUAGCCAGAGACACAUAGACUCGCCGUGGUAGACAUCUUUGCAAUUGAUCAUCUCCAGCGAUUAUCAGUUUCUUGCGGAGGUUGCAGAAGUUGUGCCGGGGGCAUUUGGCGCAGCGAGUUUGAUCGUAUGGCGUACCGUCGAAGGCAGCAAGUGCGUGGAACUUCCACUUUCAGGGAAGAAGUCGUUAGUCCGCGCAACCCUCCUUCGCCGAUUUCGAUUUCACUCCCCGGAGAAAACUCCUCUUCAUCGUCUGCUUCGUCUUCGCUCGCUGCUAAGGCCAUCAGAGCAUCAUCGGCGCAUCGGGACUUUUCUCUGUCAUCGGCCUAUGGAGAGUCUGCCGUGUCAUCUCCUAGUCCUAGGGAAUCUAAUCCUAUUAGAUCUUCCUUCCCCUCUUCAUCAACAAAGAAUUCAUCCAACUAUGCAUAUACUUCAAUGAGAAACUUGAAUGAAUCCAAACAAGGAUUUUGGAGUGCACUGGCCAGAAAAGCAAAAUCCAUUCUUGAUGAUGAUAAUGCGGAUCAACAGCAACAUCAAGCUGCAGGUGGGACAACGAUACAUCAGAUGUCUGAUACCACAGCAAGGGAUCAGCUUUAUGAUUCACAACAGCCACUAGAAGGGCAAAGAAAACCAGAAAGUCAUAAAGUGCAGAAAGGAUUAGAUGCCAUUGCAUCUUCUAUUAAUUAUAUUGGUGGCACCAUUGGAAAUGCUUUGGAGGAGGGUCGUGCAGUUGUGGAGAAUAGAACUGCAGAUAUUCUUCAGGAAACACGAAAGCUGCAAAUAAGGAAAAAGGGUAGUACUUCUGCACAGAACGAAGCUUCAGAUGUUAGUGGAACACGGCAAAAAACUGUCAUGUGGAACCAUAUGCAAAAGCAGCCACAGACUGAUUUAGACACUCAGCUGAAAGCAUCUCGCGACGUUGCGAUGGCUAUGGCUGCAAAAGCAAAAUUACUAUUACGGGAGCUGAAGACAGUAAAAGCUGAUCUGGCUUUUGCAAAAGAGCGUUGUGCACAAUUAGAAGAAGAAAACAGAGUUCUUAGACAAAGCCAUGAAAAAGGUGGCAAUCCAGAAGAUGAUGAUUUGAUAAGGCUCCAACUGGAGACACUUUUGGCUGAGAAGGCAAGGUUGGGUCAAGAGAACUCAGUCCUUACGCGUGAGAACCGUUUCCUAAGGGAAAUUGUAGAGUAUCACCAGCUCACCAUGCAGGAUGUUGUGUACCUGGAUGAAAAUAGUGAAGAGGUCACUGAAGUUUACCCUGUAAAGGUUUCAAGUCACUUGGAUAGCAGUGACCUCUCAACUCAUCCAGUGCCAUAUUCAGAACUCACUGAUCCUUCUCAUGGUGCUGUUGCAUCCUACAUACCUGAACAAACAAAUAAUGUUUUGGGAAGACAGUCAAGGACAUUUUCGUAAGAAUGGUUUCUUUUGAUAUUGUUUUUUAUUUCUCUCUUAUUUUCUGGGUGAGCGUCCGAUUUCAGUGGGGUCAUGUGUCUUUUAUAUGGUUUUGUAUAUUUAAAUCCAAUCUUUAGUCCUGUACAGAAGGGAACUAAACAUUCCAAGAUGGCAGGAAGAAGCAAUAACUCUUGUUUUCACCCAUGUUUUACAAAAAAAAGCUUAGAGUAAUGGGGGAUUUGGGGGGGGGGGGUGUUGUUAUUCUUGAACCCGGCAAAAGCUCGCUCUUCAAGUGUAUACUGACUUAUGAUGGAAAAUUAAAUUGGGAACCUUUAAUAAGGUUGUGC